GCGAUUGUAUUCACGCGGUUGUCACUGUCCGACACCUCAUCCGCUUUUUUGAGAUUUUACUCACUUUGACGAGUGAAUAACCAGUUGGAGACGACAAUUUUACAACUUAGCGGGACUUUACUGCAGAAACUCUCCUGAAACUUUGGAAUUCAUUUGUGUGGACUUUAUUGUCAGAGACUGAAAGAGGCGCUCUGUUAAAACUGACGACCAGGAUCACACCUGCAAUUCACACUCUGGAAUAAAUGCGUUUAACAGGCGUGUUUGAAAUUAUUGUUAAUAUUAGGCUCUGAAAAGCAGAGUUUGAUACUUUAUAUCCGCUUUGUGGUACAUCUUGUGCAUGUGUGCGCGUGUGUGCACAUAGGCUAUAUUUGCAUGUGCAGAAGGACAGAGGUGUGUGUGAGUUUGUGAGUUUGCGGUUUCUUGGUUUUUGCUAAAGUCUGUUGGAAAGUCAAGCGCACUUUAACUUUCUGCAUCCUGCGCGCGUUGCUGUUAUCAGAGACUGAGACGCAAAAUAAACGGUCACGAGCGUUUCCCGCAGACUUUUCAGAACUCUUAAAGAGGGGCUCAUUUGUAAAUCUGUUGUGAUGCAUAUUCCCGUAGACCCGACCACGAGCAGACGGUUCACGCCGCCCUCCGCCUCUUUCCCGUGCGCCAAAGUGAGCGAGAGCCCGAGUAUGAGCGCACCGGGUCCGCUGAGAACCGGACGGCAAUUGGAGACCCGCUCCGUGGUGGACGUGCUGGCGGAUCACGCCGGAGAGCUGGUGCGCACGGACAGCCCGAACUUUCUUUGCUCGGUCCUGCCGUCACACUGGAGGUGCAACAAAACUCUGCCCGUGGCUUUCAAGGUUGUGGCUCUGGGUGAUGUUCCUGACGGGACUCUGGUGACGGUGAUGGCGGGAAAUGAUGAGAAUUAUUCCGCGGAACUGAGAAACGCGUCUGCCGUCAUGAAGAACCAGGUGGCGCGAUUCAACGACCUGCGCUUCGUUGGCAGGAGCGGCAGAGGAAAGAGCUUUACCCUGACCAUCACUGUAUUUACUGGACCACCCCAGGUCGCCACAUACCACCGCGCUAUUAAAGUCACCGUAGAUGGACCCCGGGAGCCAAGGCGUCACCGUGUGAAGCCAGAUGACCCUCACAAGCAGUUCUCCGAUCGUCUAAGCGAUAUUGAGCGUUUCCAAAGGGCCAGUCUGAGGAUGAACCCUGGCAACGGGACCGCACGCUCCCACCAAUCACAUUACAGCCCCUCCAGCGCCUCACAGAUAUCAGGAUUAUGGCCAGAUCAGAUUGAAACUCCUGCAUUGAAGACAUGCAAAUUGGAAGAUGACUUACGCUGGACAAGUACAGAUCUGUUCCAGCAGAGAACAUCGUUCCCAUCUCUCUCUCCAUUAACGGCUUCCCGUUUCUCUGAUUCACACAUGCAUUACUCGGGUCCCUUCACUUACUCCCCCAACCCGUCCAGCACUGGAAUCGGCGGGCUCAGCGUGGCCGGGAUGCCCGCCUCCAGCCGCUAUCACACCUACCUGCCACCUCCGUAUCCUGGCAACCAGAACCAGAACUCCCACUUCCAGACCAACUCCUCGCCGUAUCACCUGUACUACGGCACCGGAUCUGGCUCUUACCAGUUCUCCAUGGUCCCGACCGGCGGUGGCGCGGGAACCGGGGGCGAACGGUCGCCAACUCGCAUGCUGACAUCCUGUACUGCGGCGGGAGGAGGCGGGGGCGCCGCGGGCGGGAACAACAGUCUGAUCAACGCUAGCCUCGGUAACCAGAGUGAUGGGGUGGAUGCCGACGGUAGCCAUAGCAACUCGCCCACAGCGAUGAACGCAUCAACGCGCAUUGACGAGUCCGUCUGGAGGCCUUACUGAGAAAUAGAACACGGAGAAACUGAGAGUCUUUAAAAGAGAGCACAGUUAAGAGAAGUCUUGCAUGUUUGAUCGUUUUUUUGUUUGUUUGUUUGUUUCCCGUCGUUCUAUGCCCACAUCUAUUGCUUCCAAGACAACUAAAGACAUUGAGUAACCAGAGAUGUUCACAAACAGUGAAGAAUGGACAGAAAUGGACCUCAAAAUAGAGGAGGAAACAAGUUUCACAAUAAAAAGAAUGUGUACAUAGAAGAGUAAAAAUUAUCAUUAAAAACUAAAAAAGAGUAAAGGCAUCCCAUAGUAAUAUAUCAGGAACUUUUGUAUGUUACCAAAAAAAGCUGAACAACCAAAGAAACAAAUGCAAGUGAUAUAUGGAGAUUUUCAAAAAAUAAAAAAGUAAAAAAAAAGCCAAUUUAUCCAGCCUUAAAAACCAAUCUGCCUGAAAAUUAUUAUUAUUAUUAUUUUUAUUUAUUUUUUUUAUUUUUUUUGGACCAUGAAAUACUGCAGAGAUCACAAGCAUUUGUCAUACAGACAGUAUGAAAGAACUCAAAGCUUCAAAUAGUUGCAGCACGUUGGUGGUGUUGGCCUUAAAUGGCAAAGUGUGGGACUUUUAAUGUGUAUAUACAUCACAAAUGUACUUAAGAAUACAAAGCUGUGGCCCCUGGGUUUCAGGUACUUCCCAAAUGGCUGCAGUAGUCUUUAAAUGAUAAGAUAGGAUCAUAUAAUAAAUACAAGCCUGGGUCAGUGUGAGGUACUGUUAUGCAAUCUCAGCGAAUGAAUUUUUCAGUGAAAGGAUUUUAGCGGGUAUCUCACAAAAGCCGUCAAGAACAUUUCUGGGUCGUAUUUCAUGCCAAAAUCAAAAGAAAUUAAAUAAAAUCAAGUCUGUUAUAGGACUAUCAAGAAUUUCUGCAUUAGUUUCAUGGCAAUUAAGCACAUUUCAUUCCCAAUUCUUAUUGCAUAAAUAAUGCAUAAAUACUCUAAUUCUCAUUUGUUUCAUUUGAAAAAGAAAAAAUAUAUAUAUAUUCAAAUUGUAACGUAUUUAUACAUCAUGGUAGUAUCUGUUGUACUGCCUUUUUGCUGAUGUAAAUACAAAAAAUAAUAAUUUUUACUGUAUUACAGUAUUAAAAAUCUAAUUAGAAUCGCAAAAUAAAUAAAUAAUCAGAAGCAUCCAUGUAUUAACAUUAAUGAGAAUCAGGGUAUAAAAUGUGUUUAAUUGUAAUGAAAAUAAUGUGAUAUUUUUUGGAGUUGUCCUCAUGUAAACUAAAUGAAAUUUAACAAAGCCUGUUUUUAGGACUAUAACAUUUUUUGUUUGCAUUAUUUCCAUAGCACAUUAGCAUAUUUUCUCCCCAAUUAUCAUUACCAUAAUGGAAAACAAUUAAAUUAUUAUAACUUUAAUUUGAAAAAAAAAAAAAUAUAUAUAUAUAUAUAUAUAUAUAUAUAUAUAUAUAUAUAUAUAUAUAUAUAUUAAAAAUAAUUUUUUAGAAAAACAUAUUUUGGGGUGACGGUUUUCGUGAGAUUCACCCUUUAGCUGUGGGUUUGUCAAUGUGUAAAUCGCUUAUAUAUGUGAAACAAACCCAUGUCUAUAACCCAGAGACAGACAGGCGUUUGUGUUUUUUUAUUAUUUGGUUUCUUGCUUUGCGGCCAAAAUCACAAACAAUUAGUUUGUCUUUUGAACUUGUGGAGACUCGUCUUUUUUGGAAUAGUUUUUAGAGUAAUUAUGUUUUUUCUCAUUGUUGAUUGCUUUUAAUGACUUUGCAAUUUUUCAGACUAUUGUGGUUUGUUUGAACUCAUUUUUAUUGUUUGUACUUUUCUUAUUAUUUAUUUGAGCCAAUGAGGAUACGUUCCUAUUUUGGAUCGGGGUCACAAAACAUUUCGCAUUACUGUUUUAUUUUUACCAUGCUUUCAAUUUUCUUUGUUAAUCUUUAAUAUAAAAUCUGAAGUUGUGCUACUGUAAUAUAUUCUUUCUAAAUUAUACAAAAACAAAUUUUAAUGUAAUGUCUAUGUUUUCCAAUGCAGCUUUAAUGCACUUAAACAUUUAUUUAAGAGGAUAUACUGUAUGUCCUUGUAAACCACAUAAUGGAGAUACACCAGAUAACAUUCUUACCAGAUAGAAUUCCAGAUGAAAUUUUGUCAUAUUGCCCGAAAGGCCUCAACUCUUACUAGCCAAAGAGUCACACAAUCUCCUGUUGUCAUUGUAUGUCUCGAAAGUGUGAAAAAUAUGUUGAAAUACAUUAUCUGUCUGUUUUUCCUACCUUGUUCUUGGAAUGACUGAAAUCGGAGACAAUAAUUGGGCAUGUUUGAAAGGAGAUCAGCCUUGAUUAUUUGACUAACAAAACCAUGCACAAGCUCAUACAAGGAGGAUAAAGUGGCCAUAGCAUACACACACACACACACACACACACACACACACACACACAAACACACACAGUCGCUCAACAGGUGUAAGCGAAUAUUUCAGUGCAUAACCGAGAGGCUUUUCCCAUGCUCACACCUGCUACCAUUACCUGAGGCCAGAGCGCCCUAAAAGACUGAAGGAAACAGGUAGAAAGAUAGAUGAAGAGAGAGAUAGAUCUCCUUUCACAAUCAUUGGUCAUCCUUCAGGCCUUGUUAUCCAAGCAAAAGUGCCUGUGUUCAGUCUGAUUCACGGCUGCUUUGAAGCCUUUAUGGGGGCAGUUAUUUGCCUUUCCAUUGUGCCUCUCGUAUAAUUAUUGCCUAAAGUCGGAGGCAGAAGGAAAGAUGGAUUCAACAUGCAAGAUGGUCCUAAGUGUAACACGCAGGAGUCAUUUCCCUCCUGCCAGGGUUCUCUGUAACAUGGUACGGGAAACUAUUUGCUACUGCAAUUCUGUCUAAUGUAUAAAUGAAGAGUUUGAUUAUUGUCUAACAGUGCCUCAGUUUGAAUCUAUAAAUAAACAGUUUUCUUAAU